AAUAAAAACCUGCAUCAUAUUAAGGAAGAAUUUCCAUGAUAUUUCUCAUAAUUCAAGCUUUACACUAGGAAAUUCUUGAGAUAUAGGACUUUUUUGUUAUUUGCACUCAAAGAAGUAUUCAGGCAAACAGAUUAGAACAUGGAUUAAUCUAAAUAAAUUAUCAAAAUAAUGCUUUAUUAAAUUAUUAUGUUUAUGAGACUCAUGCCUAUAAUUACAUAAUAAAAUCCAACUUUUUGUGAGGUAACUAUUUAUAUGUAGUGAAUUGAUUAAACUAGCUUAAUCAAAUUAUUCCACAGCCAUCAAAUACCUUUAUAAUAUAGCC